AUGAACCAGCCUGGGGCUACCAAAGACAUGGGGAAGAUGCUUGGUGGAGAAGAGGAGAAGGACCCAGAUGCCGCUAAGAAGGAAGAAGAACGGCAGGAAGCCCUUAGGCAGCAAGAGGAGGAGAGGAAAGCCAAGUAUGCCAAGAUGGAGGCUGAAAGGGAAAAUGUGAGGCAAGGAAUUCGGGACAAGUAUGGAAUUAAGAAGAAGGAAGAAAGGGAAGCAGAGGCCCAAGCUGCUCUGGAAGCCAAUGCUGAAGGAAGCCUGACGCGUCCAAAGAAGGCCAUCCCCCCCGGCUGUGGUGAUGAGGACGAGGAGGAGGAAGAAAGCAUUCUAGACACUGUUAUCAAAUACCUGCCUGGCCCCCUCCAAGACAUGUUUAAGAAGUAG